ACAUAUCACAUUUGAACACCGACCGUACUGAUCACUUAUCGCAGGCAUUUUGCUGAUACCGUUCAUUACGAUAAGUAGCCUAUUCUAGAGGAAUGUGAAGUUAGAAAUUACAUACGUUUGCUAAUAUGGCUGAAUAUAAUGGGACAAUUGAUGGCUACAAUCAUUGAACUAGUAGUAGUUGAAAGGAUAGUUUUAAAUACAAACUGUGCUGCACAAUGUUAUAAACUUAUUGUUCUAUUCAUCGUUAUCGCAUCAAUUCAGGCAAUUUAUUGCGAUAUGGAUUUUUGUCCCCAUCUCCCAGAUCUAGUAUGUAGUAUCAUGGCGGAAUAAUGCGAUCGGUCCUGGCAAAUCAAUGGACAAGCUUCAGGACCUCAGCCAAUCUGAGUUGGAGGAUUUGCUGGACAAUACAGAGCGGGUGGAGUCCAUGGCAUUGGAAUCUGAUGAGAUUCAGAACAUCCAGCUGGAGAGGGAGAUGGCACUGGCCUCCAACCGUAACCUGGCAGAACAGAACCUGGACAUGAAGCCUCGUCUGGAGAGACAGAGGGAACAUCUAGUGGAGAGAUACUCUGAAUUGGAGGGAGUCAGAGAUACCUACAGACAACACUGUGACCAGAAAGAUGGCAUCAUGGGGCAGGCAUCACCGGAGGGGUUGUUCUCCAGACUCCAGACAGAGGGCGCCAGCACAGAGACGGAGUCAGAGUCUCUGGCAGAUGAGUUUCUGGACGGCCAGCUGUCUCUGGACUCGUUCCUCGACCGUUUCCUCUCCCUCCGCUCCCUCGCUCACAAAAGACGGGUGCGGAUAGAGAAACUGCAGGACAUCCUGCGGCAGAAGAAGGAGACCACCGCGGGCGACGCCUCCGCCGGCUCCGUGACGUCACAAACGAGCGCCAAUCAAGACCCAGCGAUGACACAGUCAUCGCCAUGGAAUCAUCAUCCUCAGCAACAACAACAACCGCAGCAGAAUUCCAAUCCCAACAACCACGCUGGUUUCCAAAACGGCCCCGGUUCCGCCCUACCUUACACCCCUUACCCCGUCUCCCCUCCUAACCCGACAGCCACCUCUGCAGUAUCAGGCCCAGUCCCGUCCAUUCCCCCAGGUCAAUUUCCACCCUACCCCAGCCCCGGCUCACCUUUCACCUCAGCGGCGGGCUACUCAGCCCGUCCUGCUUUUGGGCCUCCGGCCACUGCCUGCCCAUACCCCACCCAGCCAACGUUCCCUGGUGUCCCCGGCUCAGGGUCUGCUUUCGGGCAAUACAGUGCCCCCAACACCGCCCCCUACCCCUCUGCGUACACCUACGGUGGGGUUGGGGGGUAUAGCUACCCCACGGGCCCUGCUCUGCCCAACUCUCAGUCCCCCACAGGCAGGCCGCAGUACAGGCCCGGGUUUGGAGUGCCACAGCCCUACUCCUGAACCUCCCUCUGCUCUCACCCCAUCACUCCUCUCCCACCACACAUUCUCCAGUCUCUCUCAUUAACUCUUUUUUUCUGACUCUUUACCUCUCUCUCUCUCUUGAUCUGCCCCUCUCUCUCGCUCUCUCUCUCUCGAUUUGCCUCUUCUCCUCCCCCUCCCCUCCUGUCAUUCACGUGCAUAACUGUCUCAGGACCUCCCCUUGUGCUCCAAUGUGUUAGAAACACUCUCCCAUUGGCUGUCGGCCCCUUCUCUCUCUCUCUCUGUCUCUCUCUCUCUCUCUCUCUUUCCUCUCUCCUCCUAUUGGCUGUCAGCCUUUCUUACUCUUCUCCCUCCCUUUGUGGAAUACUGAGCCAAUCAAAAAAGACCGUGGCCAUGUACGUUUCAGAUAGAAAUGGAGCUGACGUGACUCUUUAUUCGACAUGUCAGAGAGCCAUGUUUUACAUAAAAUAUAUCUACACAUCAUGUAUUCCUUAUCAAUGGUUUCACCCUGUAGCACAAGUCCAUUGUGGCACUGUGUUCGGUAUAUGCAUUAGAGUACAUUUGACUUGUUCUUAACACCCAUAUCAUUCUACACCGAUGUCAGAUUACAUGUGUUGAUCAUAUUCGUUCGUAUAUGAUGAUAACUUAAUACCCACCCGAACCAAAAUGUUUUCCAGGUGCAGUUUUGUUCAGGAAUUCUGUUCUGUAAACUCUUUCUUGCUCUUCGUUCUGGUUAGAAAGUACUUAAGACAAUACUAAAGAAGGAAAAUCCUAGGAAGUCAUAGCUACUCUCGGAUCUGACCAUGUAAUUGUAUUCAUUAUGAUCUAAAAGGCUAAACUGAUCCAAUAUCGGCACUCUUAGUCUGAGAGGCUUUAUGAAUGCGGGCCCUGAUCAGUGGUCCUUUUGGAGACUUCAAUAACCCUGUCUCCUUUCUUAUUCACCUGGCUGUGCAUGUAUGAUGUUUGUUUCUUAGCCAAAUCUGGACAUCUUUACAGGUGGAGGAUCUUAAUCUGACCAGUUUUUCACAGCAGGAAAAUAAUCCUGCAGCAAAAGGACGUGAAUUAUUGCGUGGAUUAUAAUUCAUGGAGGUUUUUAUUUUAAGGGUUGAUUUUUAAAAAAUGUCAAAUUGUCAGGGCGAAUCAAGUCUGAAGUUACAAACUUUAAAAUUAUUUUUUGAAACCUUGAAUACACUACAAGUUUGCAUUUUCUGCUGUGCAGGGUGAUCAAAUUAAGAUCCUACAUCUGUAUGUCCUACAAGUUUAGCUUCCAAGUCUUUUCUUUCUUGGCAGAAUGUUUUGGUUGGUUGUUUAGGUAUUGUGAUGCCUAUUGACAAUGAUGUCGUUGUUUACAGAAUCAUAUCUGUAUUCUCUGUCGAGGAUCAUGCCUGUUUCUCUGGUAUCUCCGUUUUUCUCUCCCUCCCACACGCUGUAACUUCACACUCCGUUUCGUCCCCCGUCCCUGAGGGCUGACUUGGCGUUAAACUCACCUCUCGUCUUUCUCUCCUUCCCUCUCAACUCGCUCUCUCUUUCACCCUCUCCCUCCUUCUCCAACAUCUGCCUGUUGACAUGAACUGAUGCUUGACAAUGAUUGCAAAUGAGGAAAUUGUUUAUUUCUGUAAGUUCACUUCCAGUGAGAAUAUGUGAUUUGUAUAAAUGACUAAAGAGAUGUUGAUAACAAGGGACUAAUGGUCUGCACCCAAAAUGGAACCCUAUUCCAGUAGGCCUCUGGUCAAAAGUAGUGCACUAUAUAGGGGAAGUGGGUGCCAUUUGGGACUGAUCUGCCUGCUUUAGCUCAGAAAGCACAGGAUGAGAGAGCUGUGACGGGGGUACUACAACGAUUCAUACCGCCUUCAUGAUGGCUCAUACAGCAUUCAUAGACACUUAUGUCAUCUUAGUCAUGAGAACCCUAGUGGUCUUAAACUGAGUGUUACUACAUUGGUUGCCAUCACGCUCUAUGAAGGCGUUAUGUAGCGCCUAUAUAGGGCCUCUUCAUCAGGUUAACUGGUUGGAAUGACUGGUCUACGACCAGGGGGCAGUGUCUUACUGGUAUUAUCACACUACCACUGUUCCAAAUAGCACCCUACCCCCUACUGAAUGCACUACUUUUGACCAGAGCCCUAUGGGCAGGGAAUAUGGUUCUGUUUGGGACGUGACUAAAAGAAGGAAAAGAUGAGUCAGAAAUGUAGAAGUCCAACGGAGAUACGCAGCAUUAAUAAGGGGGAAAUAAAAAUACAAGCUUGGAGCUUGUUUUAAGUUUUUUUUUUUUUGUGUGAAUAUUAUUAAACACUGAACUUGAUCUAA